CGUCUCUGUGUGCAGCGGCGCUGUCGGAGUCUCCAAAAUGGCCGCCCUCGGUACACCGGCCGUUGUUCUCGACGAAGCUGUUCUCGUCGCCGGUGCCCUCGUGACGGCCGCGUACGAGGGGGACACGGCGCUCCCUCCAGGGCGCGCCGCGGUGUACGCCGACGGCGACGGCGUCGUUGACGUCCGCCUCGUUGGUGGCGGCGGACGCAGUGCGGCAGUGGACCUGGUGCUCCUCAGUGUGCGUGUCGUGGUGGCAGUGAGUGGUGUCCUCGUGGACAGUGCCGUGCCGCGCGUUGCCGCGCCUCGGGUGAGACGCCCCUCACCCUCCGAGGCAGGCUCCGGAGCCGCCCGCGUACGCGUCCGCACGCCCGAUGUUCCGGCGCGCGCGACGGACGCCGACGGUACCGCGCUCGCUGUGAAUGGUGACGAGGUCGCCGCGGACACCGGCGACGCGACUGCCGACGUCGUCGUCGUCGCCGGGACGCGGGGGGACGAGCGACGGGCUGCCGGCGCCAUCCCCCGGGCGACCGAGUGCUCCUUUUCAUAGUGGUCCUUAACCCACUUUUGCGGAUAUUUUUUUCCGUGUGGCGCGCGGUAGCCACAUAUGGAGCACUCGUACGUGAGUGUGUCGCCCGGGUGAAACGUUUUCUGAUGGCGCGCCAAGUGCAGCCCAUCGCUAAACGUGCCCUUGUCCCCCUUUGCUGGUACGCGGCGACACCCGGCCCAGCACCUGGGGCACGUAAUGCGCUCAGGCACCGGGAACGGGAUCACCACGACCUCCGGGCGAUCCUCGGCCAUAGUGAAAAUGUGAAAAAUGUGUAAAAGUGCUGUGAGAACACACGCGAGUGACGAGGCUUAGUAUCGGUACGGCGACCGCGCUCGCCUCGGUUUUCCGCAGUACGUAAUCGUACCCGGGUCCCCGCGACGAGCCAAUGUCGCUCGUACGUCACGCGCCGACGUCCCCGACACAACGCGCGCACUCGCACAGCGGAUAAACUAUUGAUUGAAUUGUGAUUUGCAGUUAAAAUUCCGAGCCGGUGAGGUUAUGUGCGAAAUCUGCCCGUCACUGCCUGUGCAAUGUGGAGCUUCACCAGCGCGCGUCCACCAAGUGUCCGCAGCACCGGAUCGUCUCCACAAAGGACGUGACAAGCUUCACCUCUCGAGCACACAACCGCCGACCCGGAUGCAGUAACAGAGAGGACAGCUUCAGAGAGGCUCGAGUCAGCGGUCACUGUGUCACCGCUGAGAUCUGCCCACAGCAGGCUGAGGACUUCUCCCAGCAGCUAUCCAGCAACUACGUCACUCCCGGUAACCUCUCCUACACUAAUCCUCUCUGUAUAUGACUAUUGUAACUAUUGAGCGAGCACGGCCCCGGCAGAGACUCUGUUCUCGAGCCUGUUGACUACUCGGCUUAGUCAACCGCGCACAGACACACUCACGCUUUGUGAGAGAGAAUAUAUAUGUAACAGCGAUCCUGAGCUUUAAAUAAAUAAAUUAAUAAAUUAAUUCAUUAAUCUCCAGGCUUACUUCCGGUUCUUGUUGUUAUUUAUUACUUUGCUUCCUUCCAGUGCCUCACCGCUGCCUAACUGUAUCACAGCAGCAGCGGUCUCCCAACUAACAACUCAAAUUACUAAUAAAUCAGCAGGAACUGCUCAAGACAAUAAUAAAUGGCACUAGAAGGAAGCCACCGGAAGCAUCCACGCAGCAGCGGCCACUCCUAACCCUCUGAGAUGUAGUAAUGUGCCACACAAGAAAUGUGACAGUUAUAGGUUAGGAGGGCCAGGCAGGUAUGCUAUGUUGUUAUAAAUAAUUAUUGAAAUUAUGCAGAUAUGGUGGAAAUCUGUUGCAACCUGCCUUACUGACACCGCCGCAUGGCAACAACCUGGAGAUCGCCAAGGGAGAGGAGGCACAUGAGGUAACAGAAAUAGUCAGCGGUGGAUGUCAGUACAUCUCACCGCUGACCAUACAGGUGUGAGGCUUUUAACUAAAUAUCUUUGGUUUUCACUAUACUACAAUACUGAAUUGCCUCACACCAUGAGAAUCAAACUAAUUAUGGUGUUUUUCUGUCACCCCAUGACACCCCAUGGCAGUGCAGGCGCAGUAUGACACAGCACAAUGUGCUGUGUCGCAGAGGAGCUGUAACCACCAGUCAGCUGUCACAAUGACAGCCGCCAGGGAUUUUAUGACAGCUCCCCGCUGUCCCGUGCCGUCGGAUGGGGAAGCAACGCGCGCGAGCCCUGGACAACGGAAAACCGGCGGUGCCUCCGGCGACGACGAGGACUUAUGCAACGAGCGCGAUUAAAAAUCUCUGAGGGCCCAGACUCUGCAACUGAUUUUCUCCGCCAUCCAGCAUCUAAAGAACAUAAAUUAUGUUUAAUUAGACCUGUUGGGCCGAGCCCUGCAGUACUGCAGCGCGGGGCCGACCCGUGGAGGGGUCGGAGCAAGCUCCGGUCACCCUCCUGGCUUCAAAAAUCAGUUUAAUAUUCUGAACCCUCGUUGAGGGUUGUAUCAGAUAUUAAGCUGAUAAGAACAGAUACUACACUUUGAUCUUAGCUCAGAGAGCCGAGAAGCGAUGCUUACACUCAAGUUUGUUGGGUUUAUAUCAUGUAUUUGAUGGAAAUUUAACUGCGAGUAUACUACAUUGGAUAGACGCCACGUAGUGGCGAGAAGUGUAACUAAAGGACUCUGUGAAGUGUUUCAUGAGUGGGAAAGAGAGAGAGGGAGGGAAUGACUAGGUAUGGGGGCACUGUGGGAUAGAUUGACAGUAGAAGUCGUAUGAGAAAGGUGUGACGUUUUUCAUCGCAGUGUAGUUAUAUUGAAUGUGCGCGCAGUUAAUCAUCGAUACUUGCCAAGCGCUAGUGCAGUUAGAACCAAAAAAAAUGCAAUUAAAAGGAAACCACAUAACAAAGAGAUAGCAACCUAACCUAAACAAUAUAAAGUAUGUAAUAAUAAUUAUAAGCAAGACAUAGAGAGGAAAAUACAAAUUUCUUUGAAGAAAAGAGUGACGUGGAAAAUAUAGCAGAAAUUUGUCGAAAUUAAGUGGCUUUUAUACGCAUAAUAAAUAUUUACAAUAUUUUAUAAUUAUUGUCAUACUGGAAAUCAUGGAAGAAAGAAGUUCAGAACAUCAUCUUUCGGGCUAUUUUACAGGAAUAUUUCCAACUAUGUACUCACAUGAUGAUGUGAAUACCCCAAUAAGGAGUCCUUGCAUUCCUAAUUUACUUGUUUUCUUCAUAGUUUGUUCCAUACUUAUGCAUAUUGUUGAUAUGGUGUUGGAUUACAAUAUUGCUAUCCAAUACCUUUUAGAUGAUAAAAUAACAUAUUUUGCUUGGACAAUUUGCAUUAUUAUUAUUCCAUCUUUGAUAAAUGUUAUCGUUAGUAAAAGAAUGCAAUGUCACGAAAAAGAGACACAUCCCCCUAUGGAUAAUUUAGACCGUGGUAAAAUUUCACGUCUAAUAAUUAAAAGUAAAUUAUGUUUCGUGGUUGCUGUUAUGCUACAAUUAGCACCAGUUUUACAUUAUUAUGACACUUUGACAUAUGCACUACAAACACGCAAAUGUGAGAAAUCUAGAGACCAUAUUGGUGCAAAACGAAAUUACAUAAAAAUGCUUAGGGAAGACCAGGAUGUUGCAUUAUUAAGAGUGUUUGAAUGUUUUUUGGAAGCUGCACCACAGCAGAUUUUGCAGCUAACUUUAGUUUUGAGGCACUACAAUGAAAUAAAUGUUCAAUUUGUACAUCAAGUAGCUAGUAUUAUCAGCUCACUGGGAAGUAUGGGUUGGGCAAUGGCUAGUUACCACCGCAGCAUUCGUUUAGCUCAGCCGGAUAAAUCUAAUAUUAGUUAUAUAGGAACUACUUUUCAAUUCCUGUGGCAUUUUUUUAUUACAGUGGCGAGAAUCUUAUCGCUCAGUGUCAUUGCGAGCAUUUGGCCUAUAUAUACUGUAAUCUGUUGUAUACUACAUUGGAUAAGCAUGUCAAUAUGGAUUGUGAUAGAUUCCCAUGGAAUAUCAGAAUUUUGUAAGGAUUACAGUCGCCCACCACAUGUUAAACCAAAGUUUACAGAACGUAUUUAUUCUACAUUAUUUGCGACAGUUAUUGGGAUAGUUUACAUUUUCGUAUACUUUAAUACAGUAGACAGUAAUACAUUCUGGAAACAUAUAUUUUUUUAUACACUCUGUUUCUUCGAAAACAUUGCAUGUAAUGCAGUAUGGGGGUACACUUCUCUUCCAGAAAUUAAAAGUAUUUGGUACUUUAAAGUAUGUCUUAUUUCUUGCGCUUUGUCCUUCUUCCUCGGCAUUGCAGCAAUGAUUAUUUAUUACACCAUGUUCCAUCCUUCAAAAAAGUAACAUAGUGAAAGUAUCACUUUAAAAGUAUCACUUCAAAUAUCAACUUUGAACAUUCAUCUCUUAAUUUUGAAAUAACACGAGUGAAAACUGAAAUAAUUUAUAUGUUACACUCGAGAAAAUGAUAUAGCUGGAAGAGACGAACUAUCAUUCUCCAUUAUUGUCAUUAUUUAAAAAAAUUAAUUAAUCACAGAACAUACAAAUGUUAUAUUCACAUUUCAAUAGUCUUUAUUUGGACCAAAUGUCUUAAACUAGAUUAUAAAAAACUCUCAGUAAGAGAACCAUUUAUAUAAUAAGCCAUUUAUAUAUAAGCUUAUUUGUAAGUGCUAUAAUAGAGAGAUAUCCACUUCAUUCCAUUAUAUGCAUAUAUAUUGUGUCUAAAUUAGCAUUUUCAUCAAAUCUAAUUGCAAUAAUUUUUAUUCCAUUUUUACAUAUAUCUUACGUAUAUUAAGGCUGUUCUUUUGUUAUACAUUUUUGUAACACACGAUUUGAUAAUAAAAUAAUUGCAUAUUUUAA